AUGGGGAAGCAAAUGCCGAAAAUGUCGGCCAGGGUGGUCAGCGCGAUCAAGAACCUGAGAGAGGCUCACGGAUCCUCGUCCAGGGAGAUCAUGAAUUACAUCGUGUCGCAGUGCAACGUUCCUGAGAACACGGUGCACAGACAGAUGCACGCGGCGCUGAAGCGCGGCCUGGAGUACGGUAUCCUGAAGAAAGCCAACGGCCACUAUUUCCUGAGCCCGGAGCAGGAGCCUCAGACGAUGGCGAGCCUAGCGCCAACGGACAGGAGCAGAAAACGAAGGAGAAGAAGCAGGAGACGAAAAUCUCGACGACGCAGUCGACGACGAAGAAGCCGUCGCAGCCGACGUGGUCGGUCGAAGAGGAGUCGCAGACGGGGUCGCGCGAUGAGGACUAGGCGAAUGGGUUGCACGAGAUGCAGGUGCACCAAGCGGACGAGGGACAUGCAAGUGCUGAAGAACAAUCCGGUGGAGCAACAAAUCGCGGACAACGACGUGUGCUCGUGCGACAAGGACGGGAACGCGGAGAAUCGCGCGAGGCAGAGCAAAAGCCGCGAUCGCAGCCCGAGCCGUAGUCGAUCAUCGGCGAACAGCGAUCGGGAUAGCGCGAUCAACGAUCGACGACCGAACCACGAUCAAGAUUAA